AUGAUUUGUUGUAUCCGGGGGGCCCCCAAGGAGUUGCUGCUGGAGCAGCAGCAGCAGCAGCAACAGCAGCAACUGCAGCAGCAGCAGCAGCAGCAGCAGCAACAGCAGCAGGAAUUGCAGCAGCAGCUGCUGCUAGAAGAAGGCAGAUUCAGGGCUUGUAUAGCUUCUGUAGUUAGGGAUGCAGCAGCAGCAGCAGCAGCAGCAGCAGAAGCUGUAAAAACACAAACAACAGCAACAACAGCCGCAGCAACAGCAGCAGCAGCAGCAGCAGCAGCAGGAGCAGCAGCAGCAGCAGCAGCAAACAGAUGCUGUGGGGGAGCGUACGCCCCCUGCAGCCGAGAUGGUUUGCACCGGCGGCAGCAUGCGCUGCUGCUGCUGCUGGUCCAACAGCCGCCGCAGCAGCAGCAGCAGCAACGGCAACAGCAGCAGCAGCAACAGCAGCAGCAGCAACAGCAGCAGCAGCAACAGCAGCAGCAGCAGCAGCAAGCCUUCCUUGCUCUACACCCAAUCGCAGGCAUUUCACUGCGGGACGUUCUAUGGCUAGACAAGCUGCAGCAGCUCACAGCAGCAGCAGCAGCAGCAGCAGCAGCAGCAACAGCAGCAGCAGCAGCAGCAGGCUGCUGCAGCCAGCCACCGCUCGCCGGGUGGCUCGAGUUGCUGCUGCUGAUGCAGCAGCUUGCUGCUGCUGCUGCUCCUCCUCCUCUUGCUGCUGCUGCUGCAGCUGCUGCUGCUGAUGCUGGUACUCCUGCAGCAGCAGCAGCAGCAGCAGCAGCAACCGCAGCAAAUGCCAACAGCAAACCGCAACAAAUCUCAGGCGCGGAUCUGAAGCAGCGUCUUCGUUUGGUUGCUGCAGCUCUUCCUUUUGCUGCUGCUUCUUUCUCUGCUGCUGCUGCUGCUGCUGGUGCUGCUGGUGCUGUCCAGAUGGAGUGUCCCGUCUUCAUAUUAUCUAAAAAAAUGGCCCGGGAGGUUUCUGGGGUGUCUCCGCCGCCAAUACAAAAAAUUCGCGAGGCCUCAAAAAGGCUCAGAGAGGCCAUGCAAAUACCUGAAAUACUUGUUUGUAGGGUCUGCAGCAAAAGCGAUCGGUGCACCCGCUACCAGCAGGCAUCUCAGCAGCAGCAGCAGCAGCAGCAGCAGCAGCAGCAGCUGCAGCAGCAGCAGCAGCAGCAGCAGCAGCCGCGGACAGAGGAUUUGCUGCUAGUGUUGCAAGGGCUUUACUUUCUCUCGCGCCUUCACUUACGUGCUGCAGCAACGCAUGUAAAAAGCAGCAGCAGGAGCAGCAGCAGCAGCAGGAGCAGCAGCAGCAGCAGCAGCAGCAGCAGCAGCCUGCCUUUUUGGGUGUCUUCGUUGCUUCCUGCUGUUGCGGGAGAAGCAGAAAUGCAUGCGGCGCUGCUGCUGCUGCGCGAGUUGCUGCAGCUGCAGCAGCAGCAGCAGCGGUUGCUGCUUGCUGCUGCAAAACAGCAGCAGCAGCAGCAGCAGCAGCAGCAGCAGCAGCAAACAGCAGCGUCUCUCCCCUUCGCUCCUGCUGCUGAGGAUGCCGCCGAGGGCUCUUCUUCUGAUGUAUGA